AUGGAAAGUAAACUAGUAAAGUUUUUGCACAAAGAUAUUGAGCAACCAUCUGGGCAACAACGUCUUACACCACUGUUGUUGUCAGACAGCAAAGGCAACCAUUUAAAAUUGUCAGGUUGUUCUAAGGUAGAGCAUGACAUUUUGAUUCGUGGUCGAGGGGGAAGGAGAAUAAUUGACUUAGACCAACUUCAGAAACAUGUGUCUGAGAUUACAAUGCAUACUGCAUUAUGUUCUGAGGCACAAAUGUGUGCAUUGGUCAACCGUCCGGUUGUUAAAUUGGUGGCUGAGAAGCAAAGACUUGGAUUGGCUUCAAUCAUGCAAGCUGAAUGUCAGGGGUGUGGUCAGCUGUUUCAACUGUCAACGUCGAAGAAAACAACAUCAUCUUCGGGUCUGAAAAGAUACGACAUAAACUUGAGAGCUGUUUGGGGAAGCAUGGUGACCGGAAGUGGACUUAGUCAUUUAUCUGAGUGCCUUGGAACAAUGGGAGUUCCAUCAAUGUCACAGCCUACAUUCACUGCCAUUGAACAGGAAAUUGGCAACUGGUGGUACAGUGUCCUCAAAGAAGACAUGUUUGCUGCUGGAGCUGAGGAAAAAAGGCUAGCUGAAGAAAGGAAUAACUAUCAUCAAGGUGUUCCUGCUAUAACAGUUGUAUGUGAUGGUGGAUGGAGCAAGAGAAGCCAUAAGCAUUCCUAUAAUGCUCUUGGAGGUGUUGGCAUCAUAAUUGGACAAGUGACCCGAAAGCUGCUCCAUAUUGGCAUCCGGAACAAAUACUGCUACACCUGUUCCUUGGCAGAGAGUCGACAAAAAGAUCCUGGGCAACAUGAGUGCUUUAAGAAUUGGGAUGAGUCGAGUCAAGCUAUGGAGGCAGAUGUCAUUGUGGAAGGCUUUAUGAAUGCUGAGAAAGAUCAUGGUGUUCGCUACAUGCGCCUUGUUGCAGAUGGUGAUAGUUCUGUGUAUGCCAGAAUACAGAAAACAGUACCAAUUUGGGGUCCUCAUGUAACUAAGCUGGAAUGUGCAAAUCAUGCAUGCAAAUGCCUCAGAAGCAGUUUGGAAAAAUUGGUUGACAGACUACCAAAACUAAAGGGAAGAGGAAAGUUGACCUUGGCAACUAGAAUAAGAAUUGUGUCUGCUGUUCGAUGUGCUAUUCGCAUGAGGUCUUCUGAAGAAAACAGAUCCUUGGCUUGUAAGAAAUUAGUUCAUGACAUUAAGAACUGCAUUUAUCAUGUUUUUGGCGACCAUACCAGGUGUCCUGAAUUCUGCAAGAAGUCCUCAGGUGAAAUUCCAAGUACAGAAAGCAGUCCUACCUCAACCUGUGAAGAUGAACAAUCUGAAUCUGUUAUAUCAGUUGUGGGAGACCAGCAAGACUUUUGGACUGAUGGUUCUUCUUUGAAAGAUCAGGAAGAUUCCAGAUUAGCGGUACCAGGAAGAGGAUUGUCUGCAGCUGACAAGGAAAUCAUAAACGAAGUUUGUCAACUAUUGAACCGCAUUGCAUCCAAAGCUGAAAGAUUACUUGGUAACUUCACCACAAAUCUAGCUGAGGCCUGGAUGAAUAUUCGUGCCAAGUUUGAUGGUGGAAAAUUUUUCAAUAGAUGCUCGAGAGGGUCUUGGCACUGCAGAUGCUAUGGUGGCGCUCUUCGUCAGAUUUGGGAACCAAGUGGUCACCUAUGGUAUGGACAAAGAGAGAAGCGUCUUCAACUUCAGCGCUUGCUUAGUGCUCGACCUGUGCAGAAAGCAAAACGCUGGAAAAGACGGAUGAUUGGCAGAAAACAAAGCGAUUCCACAAAAGCUAGACAGGAAUAUGGUACAGAUGUCAUCGAGGUUGUUGCUGAUUACUCUUCUCACCAGCUUUCAAUUUUGAAAGCGAAAUUUGACAAAGAUUUCGUACAGCUGUCCAAAGAGCGGGUGAAAGAAAUUUGUGAAGCAACAAUCGACCAGUCUGAUUCAGACAUAUGGCAUGAUGAAAGACGAAAAAGACUCACUUCAUCUAACUUUGGAGACAUAAUGGCACGGAAUUCAAAAAUCGCAGUUACAACAUUCAUCAAGAGGUUACUAUAUUCCACUUUCAAAGGAAACAGGUUUACGAAGAUUGGAUUAGCUGCAGAGAAGGCAACAGUUUCUGAGUAUUGUGCAAAGAAAGCUACAGAUGGUGACCCUGUUACAGUAGAGCAUACAGGCUUACAGAUUCUUCACAGUCAUCCAUUUCUUGCUGCAAGCACAGACGGAAUUGUGUCAUCAUUGGCAUCUGGUGAGAAGGGUUUACUUGAGGUCAAGAAUGUUCUCAUGAACAAACAGUUGACAUUCUUGGAGGCAGUAAAAUCUGUGUCUAAUUUCUGCUUAAUACAGUCAAGUAGAAAUCAACUGGUUCUGAAGAGGAAUCAUAAAUUCUAUUACCAAGUUCAAGGUCAGCUGAAUGUUUUUGACAUGAAGUGGUUGGAUUUUGUAGUAAGAUCUAGUUCUCCACAUCAGCUCCAUAUUGAAAGAAUAGUUGUUGACAAGAACUUGUGGGUGACUAAGAUGUUACCUAAGCUGACACCAUUCUACUACCCUUGUCUACUGCCAGAAUUGUGUGCACCAAGAUAUGGGAGAAGUCCAGGCAUCAGAGAACCUGGUGUCUGGUAUUUACAGAAGGAUACCAAACCAAAACAAGAGUCUUGUAAGCUUAGUUGUAGUGGCACCAAACCCCAAACUACCACCAGAUCUACCAACAGGGCUACAAGGCAACGUUUUGUGGGCCGGGAAAUUUCCCACAAGUGGAUAGUUGAUGAGUCAUCAGACAACUGUAAAUGGUACCAUGGCAGUGUUUUGGAUGUUACCUCUGGUCUUGAUGGUAACCCUGAUGCUGUUUAUGACAUUUAUUACCAUUCAGAAGAUGAAACAUAUUCCAUCAACCAUCUUGUGCAGGAUUUCAAAGAGGAUUCGGUCAAAUUUAUUGAUGCAUAA